GUCAAUUUGAUAGUCUUAAAUCUUGAUGUCAUUUGGGAAGUCAAUUUAUUUUCUUCUUAGAUAUGCCAUUGUGAGAAACAACUGAAGUCAUGUAACGUGAAUACAUUAAUUUUUAUGGGGAAAUAUUUUAGGAAAGUGGUGAUUUGCAUUCACUUUCGUACAUAUUUACCAUUCAAAAAGCUCAUGAUUUCUUGAUUGUCUUUGCCAUAUAUAUGAUAAAGCCAUGGACUAAGGAAAAUUAACUUCAUUGAGUUAAACUAGUACUGGUAAGUUGUAUUUAUAAAUGAUCGUGACUGCAUUAAUUUAUAAAAAUGCACCUUAUUUUCAGCUAGCUGCAAUUUUAAAUUAUUAAUUGUUCUAUGUUGCAUUAUCACUAGUGUUAAAUUUUUCUGAUCAUCUUAAAUACUAUAACUCCAGAAAAGAUACAAACCCCCAAAAUAUCAAGCCAUGAAGCCAAGUUCAUUUAAAGUGCCAAGGCCUGUUUAUUUCUGCUUGAUUCUGUCAUUCGCAAUGCUAUUGGUACCUGUUGUAUUGCUACCAUUUUGGGUCAAUAGCCUAAAAAGAGUUGAAGGCAAUAUUAAGGUGUAUAUGUCAGCCAAUGUUCAAGAUGACCUGCGAAUCCAUUUUCACAACAACAUUAAAUUUGGAUUCAUGCUAAUCAUCUUAAUGUUAGCUGCAUUGGCUGUUUCCUUAUUCACAUUUGUGGGAUUAACAAUAAGAGCAGCAAGAAGGGAAAUGUAUUUGUGUGCUACAUUGAUUAAGCAAAUGGAAGCAACUCAACAAGCAGAGAAGAAGAGUAUGAACAAAAGCAAUGCAUUUUCUGUUGCAAAUCAUGAUAUUAGAGCUUCUCUUGCAGGAAUUAGUGGAUUAAUUGACAUGUGUCGCAACCAUGCUUCGCCAGAAUCCGAAUUGGAGACCAAUUUGGAUGAUAUGCAAUCUUGCACAAAUGAUCUUUUAGACAUAUUGAAUUCUAUUCUUGAUCAAAGCAAGAUUGAAGAAGGGAAGAAGCAACUUGAAGAAGAAGAAUUCGACAUGGAAGAGUUGCUAGAACAUGUCGUCAACAUCUAUUACCCUAAAGCAGCAAUGAAGAAUGUCGAUGUGUUACUAGAUCCGUGUGACGCUUCUAUCACAAGAUUCUCUCGUGUUAAAGGUGAUAGGAAAGAAAUGAGAUCCAUCUUGACUAACUUGUUGGAUAAUGCAGUUAAAUUCACCUCAGAGGGACAUAUUUCUCUUCGAGUUUGGGCUCGAAAAGCUGGUUCUGAUCAAAGUUCCAAUCUUGCUCCUAAUACAAAUAGUUCUAUUGGUUGUAUGUCAUGUUUUCUUUUACAGAAUGAUGUAGCAGAUUCAGAAAAAUUGCAAGUACUGAACAAAGUCCUGCAAGAUCCCAACUGUGUGGAAUUCGUAUUCGAGGUGGAUGAUACUGGGAAAGGAAUUCCUAAAGAGAAACAGAACUCAGUUUUUGAGAAUUAUGUUCAGCUGAACGAGACAGAUGGACAAACAGGCACUGGCUUAGGCCUUGGCAUUAUUCAGUCGUUGGUUCGCUUAAUGGGAGGUGAAAUAAGUAUCAUCGACAAGGAAAUUCGCGAGAAGGGCACUUGCUUUCGAUUCAACAUUUUUCUCAUAGCAUGUGAGCCUCAAGAUCAAGAACAACAAGAAAUUAGUGUUAAAUAUUCAAGAGAAGAAGAUUUGGAGUCUCAAUUAGGAGGCUAUAUAUCUAGUGACUCCUAUUAUCAUUCGACACCAAGUAGUAAUAAUAGUAUCACUAGCCAUCAGAAACCAGAAAGAUCCAAUGUUAUUCUUUUCAUUAAAGAGGGGGAAAGAAGCAGAGUUCUUCAUAGAUUCAUGAUGAACAUAGGCUUGAAGGUACACAUUGUGAAUCGACACAAGCAAUUUUGGAAGCUGAAAAGGAAAUUAAUCAACUUCCAAUCAAAGGAAAUUCCCCUUAGUGCUUUAGAUGGAACAGAUGAUGAUCGUAUCACAUACUUUCACAAGAGGGGUAGAGGACUUAAUCCUAAGGGUUCACUUGUAAGAUUCAUCUUAAUCAUAAUCGACACAAGUGUUGGGCAAUUUCGAGAAAUAAGUCGUGCUAUGGAUGAUUUCCAAAAGGGCUUCCCCAAGAAUGUGUCCCUUCGAGUUGUCUGGCUCGUUAAACCAGGCGUAGAUAAGGAUAAGCUACCUUCAACAGAUGUAGUCAUGGCAAAACCAUUACAUGGAUCUCGUUUAUAUCGUGUCCUCGGACUUGUACCAGAGUUUGGUGGUGCAAUUUCACCAACCAUAACACAAGAAGUAGAGGAUGAAAGAAAUUCAAGAAUCAAGAAUCAGACUACUCCGAUACAAGAUGUUGCUAUUGAUGUUAGUGGAAGUUCUAGUAAGAAACUACCUUUAACAGGAAAGAGAAUCUUGGUAGUAGAGGAUGAUAGAGUACAACUUAAGGUUUGUAAUGCCAAGGUUUCUAAGCUUGGUGCAACUAUUUACACUUGUGGAAAUGGUAAAGAAGCUCUAGCUCAUGUAUGCAAAGGCCUUAGAGAUCAAAGCCAGAUAAUUGACUACAUACUCAUGGAUUGUGAGAUGGCGGGGAUGAAUGGAUUUGAAGCAACCAAAUGCAUUAGGGAAGAAGAGGCACAUUAUGGAAUUCGAAUUCCUAUCAUAGCUUGUACAGCACAUACAGAAAAGGAAAAAACAGAUAAGAUUUUUCAAGUUGGAAUGGAUUAUUACUUACCUAAAGGAUUCAAUCCUGAUGAGCUUUUGAAAGCCAUAGACUAUAUAGAGCAUAUAAAGGUUUAAGAGAUUAUAAAAGACUAUUUCUUUGAGUUUUAUACAUGUUUGUUAUGUGACACAUGGAGGCGAAUUCAGAAUUUAGUCUCUACUUAUUCCAUCUUUAAAAUUCUUAGCAUUGAACCGACUGUACUUUUCAAAGUAUCAU